AUGAAGGAGGAUAAUUCUUUUAACAAGGACUUGGAAGGUUUGAGGACCUCCGACAAAGAUCGACGAAAGUCACGUAACGAUCGUGAAUCGGAAAACGAAAAACAGGAUCACAGCGACAUCGUUCACGCAUCGUUUCGGUUCCUUCAAUGUAUCGCUGCUGGGCUGGUAUUUGUCUAUCACAUGAUCGGAAUUUGGCUUAUCGGAAUAUCAAAUCUGUCCGAUGUAUCCAUCAUCGUAAUAUACCCGAUCUGUUUCUUGGCCAGUCUGUUACUCGCCAUUAGCAGAUUGUUAAAUUUCAUACCAACCCCAAAACCCAUAAUCCCAGUCACCAUUUCCAUCGUUGGAUGGAUCUGCAUGCUCACUGGCGCAAUAUUGAUCAUGAGGCAUGCUGAAAUCUCUAUCGAUGUUCACCAUAUGACCGACCACGAGAUCGCCGAAAGUCCGGUUUUCAUCCAUGACUUAUCAGUCUGCGCAUUAUCCUUGGUUGGGUCUUCAGUCUACAUCGUCCAUGCUUGGCUCCUCUACGACUGCUGGUGGUGGGAGAAGAAGCAGAAGAAGAAGAAAGAGAUGCAAGCCAGUGAGAGUGCUGAAGAAUCUAUUACCGCAUCGAGGAACGACGGAGUGCCUUCAGAUCGAACGGAAGUGAAGCACCAACCGGAUAGCGCAGCUGGAAUUGCUUUUCCGGGAACUUCUAGUGGGCGGAAUCGAUCCACAGAGGCUGGGAACAAGAAGGUUAGAAGGACGUCAAAGCUGCUUGAGAAGCUUCGAGGCAAUUCGAAGACUAAUGUCGACGAUAUAGACCCUUUCGUUGACCUGGAUAAAAUCCUCCAAGAAUCCACGGGCACCAAGGAAAUUAACAUCGAGGAUGAACCUGUUCAGCUCUACUGCUGUUGUGUCGAGCUUGUACGACGGGUGAAACAGGAAUACAAGGGCAGUGUUCCAGGUCAUGAGUUUCAAGUCGUUCAUGUGAUGUGAAAAGGGCGUUGAGAUUCCCUCGAAGUAAAUCCGAGUCGUUAAAACUCGGUCAAAACCGAUUGGACUCGAAGCUUCCGGAGAGAAUUGCCGGGAUUUAACGUACCCAAACCAAACCAUAGCCAGCAACAAAUUGGAUCCAUAAUAUCCUUCUUCGAUGGGGUUCUAUAGUAGCGUUGGGUGUGACCUACGCGCAUUAGCCAUAUACCUAUAUCAACGCAC